CGAUAACUCACUUCAGGUCAUUUUCGCUUCCUCUUGAAGUCACGUUCACUCUGCACCCUUCCACUUGCGGUGACGCUGUAAUUGCAUGGAUUCCAUCAGCGAGAGCAACAACAAAGUCAUCUUCUGUAGAGGCGUCAAGGCUGACAGUGAACCAUGUGACUGCGAGGAGUUUUUUGCUCAGUCACAGGACAAGGGUCAUUGUGUGGAGUGUGGCCACGGCCGUAGCAAGCACCCUCGUAAAGUCUUGGACUACAGACCAGAAGAUACUAUUCAAGACGAACCUCAACCAAGUUCAUCGGCCACCAUCAAGGAGAUAUUUGAUCGAGUCGCUGGUGGCAGGAGCAUCAAUGACAAGCCAUCUGCCACAAGGCGAGGGAGCCUCUCACUCACUGCUGCCCGGGAUGAAGCCAUCUCAACAUUGUCUUCUACUCGACUCGCUGGCUACAAUAAAUUGGCCAAGGGUCCGGUGCCAUCAGCUGGCUUGCGGAAGGAUCGCAAAGAAACCAACCCAUACCCACCAAGUCAAGUGCGCCGGAACACUGCCUCUAAUAGUGCCACAGCAGCGACUGCCACUGUGUUUCGAGUUGCGUCAAUCGCCAUGCUAAUUUGCGGCACCGAUAAGAGUGGUCUCAUCAGAGAAGCCAAAGCCCCAGGCAAGGGUGGCCAGAAUGAAAUACAAGCCAUGAGGAACCGCGGGUGCUACCUCGACCAGCAGUUUAGAAUCGACAGCGGAUGGUCAUAUGCAAAGAUCACCAAUAACCUACGUACCUGGUUCCCAAAGGUCUUCAGAUACCUGGAUACGCAAGUUGAGAAGCGAACGUCCCAACCACGGUCCAGCCAUGAGGAAAAACCUGUUUGGCGCCUCCUAAACAAGUCUGGACAGGUGUUGACAGUUGUCGAUGUUGCAUUUCCAACUGGAAGUGACCUCUCAAAACACAAGGGACGAGACAAAGCCAGCGCCAGCGAAUGCCAUCUCUGGUUUGUAACGAGGAACCGGAUCCCGGACGAUAUUUACGAAUCUUGGAACACGCAGCCUGUUAUUGCAGGUUCAGAUUCCGAACGUGAUGAGAGUGACCAACUUUUCUCUGAUACGGACGGUUCAGUUGCCGAUAAGUCUGACAACGAGCUCGCAAGUUCCUUGAUGGAAUUGGAUCUGACUGAUGUCAAAGUCAAGGACUCAAACCCCAAAGGUAAAAUGAAGGCAAGAACACCAAAACGUACCAAUCACAUGAAACGAGUCCUUUCUCCUGACGAGUCAUCAUCCGAUACGAAGCGCCGAGUGGUUCAAAAGAAACAUAAGAAAGAAUCAGCGAGUGACGUUCCGCUAUUCUUUUCAGACUCAGGAAGUUCAAGUUGUCAAGCCCCUCCACCAACCCAGCCUCAAUUCAGUAGCCUCCGUCACGGUGACCUGCGACUCAAAGUGUCAUCUCCACCCGAAUUUGUGUCCGUCAGUGAGGACGAUGUCCUCUGGCGCAACAGAACGGACGGCGAUGACCCCUUCGCUCCGGAACGCAUCAAUCCUUGGGACUCUCGUUAUAUCAUGAUGCAGAAUGCUGCUAACUUUCUUAUUUGAAUCGCUGAUCACCCUUUGAGCUACAGAUAGUACUAAUUUCAUUUCAUGUUCUUCCUCGUGCUUUGCGGUACAUACUGUCAACCUCAUCCCGCCUCAUCACAUCACCCAUCCUAUACUUCCUACCUUGCAUCCUCGCGGUGCACUAGCUAAUGAUAUAUCACGGUCACAUACAUAUCUCAUUCAUUACUUCACACUCUUUUCCAAAUAGACAAAGAUUUCGAUGUGUGAA